AUGGUACUUGUGAAAUAUUUUGAUUCAGAUAAGAUGAAAAUCGAUGAGAUGUAUUAUUUGGGAACUGUUAUCACUACAUUGGGAAGAAUGAUUAAUUACUACGAUCAAUUUCAGAUAGUUGAAAAAGAUUAUGAGACACGUGAUAAAUUAUCGCAAAAGAAGGCAGAGAAAUAUUUGCGAGAUUAUAUCAAAAUGAUUAAUGAUAGGAUGAAUUAUGAUAUCACGAGAUUCAUUUCUUUAUCAAUUAAAAAUGUUAGAAAACGUAAAGUUGAGGUCAAGGAAAGUCGACAGACAAAGAUUGUAAAGUAUUUUGUACCAGA